CCUCAUUCCACAGAUUUCCUUGUUAGAUCUAAGCAAUCAACCAUAUUUAUUUCUUUAUGUCUAAGGCUCUAAGAAGCUUGCAGUUUUCAUGUGACCAGGCAAUGUUCCCUGAGACCUCUUCAUCUUCAGUUCAUACUCUAAGGCCAGCUGACAUUAAAGCUGUCACUGCAAUAGGAAGUUUGCAAAGAACACCAGGAUCUGGUGAGGAUUUGCUCCAAAGCACAAGAAACAACUUCCUUGAACUAAAUGUGGCAACUUUAGCAGCUUUCAUUAGCACCUUCAACCCCUCGGUCCUACAUCUGUCCCCUCUUUCUGGCACAGCGGGAGAGGUGCCAGACCGUCAAGCCAGAGACCUCCUGCAUCAAGCUGAAGAAAUAGUGGAGCUCAUGAAAGUGGAUCAGAUGAUGGACUUCCAAAAUGACUGGAAACUGAUCACAGUAUUUUUUAGUGCUGAAACCCCAUGCUCCUCCUAUGCUUCCACACAACUGAAGGACUGCAUGUUGGAAAACCUGGAAAAACUUAAAGCUGUCUUGGAUUUUUUAUAUAAGAAGGUUCCAAAGGCCUUCAUAAACCUAGUGGAUUCCACUGAGCUCACAACUGCCUCUCUUGCAUGCCAAGAUUGCAGUAAUGCUAGCAAUCCAGGCAGGAAUCAGUGCAAUUAUGUUGAACAGUCCACGUUACAUGAUAACAUACUGAGGUGGUCCUAUCAGGAUGCUUUGGAAAAACUACUGGAGUCUGAGAGGUUUGAUCAAAAGGAUGACUUCACUGUUGUUCUUCAGCCUUCUCUCCAAGGAAGAAAUCGGCUGCUCAGUUUGGGCAAGGAUGAUUUGUUUACCACAUCGGAGACACAAGUGAGAAUUCUGGAAGAUUAUAUUUUCAUGUCUGUGGGCCUCUGGAACAACAUGAUGCAGCCAGUUGGGCAGAAGCAGCCUUAUGGUGCCACAAAAAUUGUGCAGUGUCCAUCUCAGGAGAAUCCAUAUUUGUUUACAUAUAAAAAUAGUAACUACUCAUUUUCCCUGAGGACAUCAAACACCAAAGAAGCAUCUCAGGAGAGAAGUUAUGGAACAAAUAUUCCCUGUCCUGACCGGGUUCCCUCUGAUACAGUUCCAGUUUCAGUUCAUAAUUUGAAACCGGCAGAUAUUCAGGUGAUUGCUGCCCUGGGAGAUUCACUCACAGCAGCUAAUGGGGCAGGAUCCAAACCCAGUGAUGUUCUGGAUGUCCUGACUCAGUACCGGGGUCUUUCUUGGAGCAUUGGAGGAAAUGAAAACAUAAGCACAGUCACGACGCUACCAAAUAUUAUUCGUGAGUUCAACCCAUCCUUGGUAGGGUAUUCCAUUGGAACUGGAACACAAAAUUCGAACAAUGCUGCAUUCAACCAAGCUGUGACUGGGGCUCGUGCAAAGGAUGUUCCUGAACAGGUUAGGAAACUGGUGAACCGCAUGAAAAAUAAUAAUAGAAUAGAUUUCCAGAAUGACUGGAAGCUCAUAACACUUUUCAUAGGAGGAAAUGACCUCUGCAAGUUCUGCGAGAAUCCAGUACACCAUUCUCCUGAAAACUAUACCUACAAUCUACAAAUAGCUCUGGACUUACUUCAUGAAGAGGUUCCACGGGCAUAUGUGAACCUGGUGACGAUACUUCCCAUAGCAAGACUCCGGGAGCUGCAUGCAUCAAAAAACAAUAAUUGCCCAAAAGGGCUUAUGAGGAUCCUGUGCCCUUGUGUCAUAAACCCUAAGGACAAUUCCUAUGACUUAAAGAAGUUGAUCUACUUUAACAAAAAGUAUCAGGAGACAACCCGCCAGUUAGUGGAGAGUGGAAGGUAUGAUACAAAGGAUGAUUUCACAGUGGUUAUGCAGCCUUUUAUGACUAAUAUGGAAAUGCCAAAAACACAGGAGGGGUGGCCAGAUGCUUCAUAUUUUGCUCCAGAUUGUUUCCACUUCAGCCAAAAGACUCAUUCCCAGGCUGCACGUGCUUUGUGGAACAACAUGCUGGAGCCUGUAGGGAAGAAGACAGAUAGUCAUCACAUAGAAGAUGAGAUUGUCCUCAAAUGUCCAUCCGAGGCUGAGCCAUUCCUGAGGACAUACAAGAACAGUAAUUACACAUACCCUAACCAAACUCCAAAUUAUGGAAGCCAGCUGCUAUGUGAGGACAGGUCUCCAUCUUCCCCUCCUGCAACUUCAGUGCAUUCCCUAAAGCCAGCUGAUGUGAAAAUUGUAGCAGCCCUUGGGGAUUCUUUGACGGCUGGUACAGGAAUUGCCUCAGAUACCCUCCAGGAUGUGACCACUCAAUACUGGGGACUGUCUUGGAGUAUUGGAGGAGAUGAGUCGUUGGAGAAUGUGACAACUCUACCUAACAUCUUUCGAGAAUUCAAUGUUAUGAUCAUGGGUUACUCAACUGGUGCCAAGGGUGAGAAUGAUUCCAAUGCAUUCCUUAACCAGGCGGUUCCUGGAGCACAGGCUGAGCACUUGCCAGCCCAAGCAAGAAGUCUUGUGAGUCUUAUGAAAACUGAUCAGAGAAUUGACUUCAGUGCUGACUGGAAGCUCAUUACAGUGCAUAUUGGAGCCAAUGAUCUGUGCAACUAUUGCAAAGACCCUGAUCACUACUCAGCUGGGAAUUACAUCAAAAGGAUUCAAGAAACUCUUGAUAUUCUGCACAAGGAGGAAAGUACUGUUCCAAAAGCUCUAGUGAGUCUGGUUGAUGUGGCAGACAUCCUCCCUCUGAGACAUUUAUUUGUGAACCCUUCAGUUCAGUGCCCCACUUAUUUGGCAGAUUACCUGUGUAGCUGUGUUCUCACAGGAGAAGAAAACUCAGAAAAUUUAACAAUGGUGAGGGACACCAUCAAAGCUUACCAGCUUGGCAUUCAGAGACUGAUAGAGUCUGGCAGAUAUGACACUCAUGAAAAUUUCACAGUGGUCAUCCAGCCUUUCCUCCAAAAUUUGGAGACUCCUCUUGAUCAGGAUGGGAAUCCAGAUGUCUCCUACUUUGCACCUGACUGCUUCCAUCCAAGCCAGAAAGGCCAUUCUCAGCUUGCCAGGGCUCUGUGGAAUGCUGUGUUACAGCCUGUAGGCCAGAAAACAGACUCAUUUGAUUUCUCAGCUGACAUCGUCCUUGGCUGUCCAGCUCAGAACAGUCCCUUCCUGGGAACGUACAGGAAUAGUAACUACACACCUGUGGAGCCCACUAGAGAGCCAAUAGAGAAUUGGGGCAGUGAACUGUCUUGUCCUGGUCACACUCCAUCUAGUCGUGUCCCAACAUCAGUACAUGAGCUACGACCUGCUGACAUCAAAGCCAUAGGAGCACUUGGAGAUUCCCUGACUACUGCAGUAGGAGCCAAAGUACCAGAUCUACAAACAGACUGGAAGGGACUUUCCUGGAGUAUUGGAGGUGAUGCGACCCUGGAGAUCCAGGCUACUUUACCCAACAUCUUGAAGAAAUUCAAUCCAAACCUCUUUGGCUUCUCCACUGGCAGUUCUAAGGAAACAUCUGGAUUCAACGUUGCAGAGAGAAAUGCCACAGCACGUGAUAUGCCAGCCCAAGCACGUGCUUUGGUGGAGCUGAUGAGAAGCAGCUCGAAAAUUAACUUCAAGGAAGACUGGAAGCUGAUUACCAUUCUUGUUGGAGGCAGCGACCUAUGCCAGUACUGCUUGGACAAGGAAACCUAUUCAGUGCAAAAGUAUGUGAAGCACCUUCAGGACACUCUGGAUAUUUUCUAUAAGGAGCUCCCAAGAGUCUUUAUCAACAUGGUGGAGAUGCUAGAGUUCUCUGGACUGCGUCAAAUCACAGCAAGCUCUUCAGAGUGUGCUUUGACAGCAAAGAAAGUUUGCCCAUGCUUCUUAAACCCAGAGGAAAAUUCUUCUGAAUUACAAGAAAUUAAGAGAGUUAACAGAGAUUUUCAGGCUGAAGCCUUGCAUCUGAUCAGCAGCGGUGGGUACGAACAACGGGAGGACUUUGCUGUUGUCAUCCAGCCAUUUUUCCGGAGCACCUUGAUGCCCCUGGAUAGUACCGGCAAGCCAGAUAUGAGUUUUUUUUCUGCAGACUGCUUUCAUUUCAGUGUAAGAGGCUAUGCUGAGAUGGCAAUGGCUCUCUGGAAUAAUAUGCUGGAGCCAGUUGGUGAAAAGCAGACUUACAACAACUUUACCCACGACAGAUCAAAACUCAGGUGUCCAAACCCUGAGAAACCUUUUCUUUCCACGCGAAGAAAUAGUGGGUUUGGAAAUUCAGAUCUCAACUUGGAGAAAACAGAAUCUUCAAUCCCCUAUUGGGCUGUACUUGUGACUGCAGUAGCUGGGGUCCUGGUGGGCUCUUUACUUGGCUGGGUUGUGUCACGAAGAAGAACCAAGAAGUACCAACAUAAGGCUGACACAGAAAACAACAUUAAGACAACCCCUCUGUAACACAAGUGGAACCAACAUCUUUCUCUGAUGAGACUGCUCUCUGUGUGACACAGAGAGUAGCAGAAUAAAAAACCUGUUGGAUAUGAAUGAAGCUUCUUGGUUGCCCAGGGAUUUUUGGGCCAAAUAACAUUGAUCAGUAAUGGAUUUUAGAAUUAUCCUCUGCAGACCAUUCAGGUAGAGGAUGAACUUCAAAGUAUUCUGUGGUUUCACACCAGCUGGCAGCUAAGUACAACACACCUGCUCACUCAGUCCCCCUCAGUGGGAUGAGGAGGAGAACUGGAAAAAGGUAAAACCCAUGGAUCAAGAUAGGAACAGUUUUAAUAACUGAAAUAAAGUGUAAUAAUAAUAAUUCUAAUGAAAUGGGAAGUAACAAAAAGAAGAGAGGAAUAAAACUCAAGAAAAACAAGUGUUGCACACUACAAUUGUUCAUUGUCUUCUGACUGAUGCCCUGCAUGUCCUUGAACAGCAAUCAGCCCCUCCUGGACUUCUUUAACCAGUCUAUAUAGUAAGCAUAAUGUUCUAUGGCAUGGAAUAUCCCUUUGGCCAGCUUAGGUCAGCUACCCUGGCCACAAUCAUUCCCAGCUUCUUUUUCUGGCAGGGCACGGGAAACUGGAAAGUCCUUGGUUAGAGUAAGCACACUUAGCAACAACUAAAAUAUUGGUUUGUUAUCAAUAUUAUUCUAUACUAAAUCCUAAAGACAGCACUGGACCAGCUGUUAUGAAAAAUAUUAACUCUAUCCCAGCUGAAACCAGGACAAAGUGUUAAAAGCUUUUUCAUUCUAGGGUCCAAUUCUCUGUUUCAUGAAUAUUACUCAGAAUCUCUAUUGCAGAAAGCAAGAACACUCAUUCAUGCAGCUUGAGUUCUUAAUUGUGCAUCUGUCCUUUUCUUAUAAACCUCUGUCUAAAAUGUUAGAGACAAGUCCCUGAUUGCAACCUGGUGUUCCCCAAUAGUAAGGUGUGAGUGAGAUCAACAGCAGCUUUGAUUUCACAUGUUAUAUUCCAGCAAGACCAUUGCAUUGCAGGUGCUAAGGUGAUUCUACAUGGACAAGUACAAUGCCAUGGAAACAUCUUUAAGCUGGUUUCUGAGCAACUUGGAUCCACAUGGUAUCUCUGGUGCAGUGCUGGACAGCACAGAUAGAGUAACGCCGCAUUGCCUUGGACUCCAGGCUCCUUCCAUCUGGGAUUGGGUGUGGAGCUAGGCUGUAUCUGUCACUUCUUCUCCAGGGCUAAAUAGCCCAGGGACAGUCCUGUAUUCUGUCCUCCUCUAUAUUGGUUCCAGAGUGAGUCUUCUUGUGAUGAGUUUCUUCACUAGCAUCUAGUAAGGGGGUCCAAACAAAAAUGCAGUACCUGCAAGCUAGCUUGGCUUAACCCUUCUCAUAGGACUUGUGUUGUGUUCAGGUCUCCCAAGCUGGAGACUCCCCAGCUAUUAUCCAUAGAAGAGCUUGCAAAGUUGUUUAUCACAUUUUGUUUUGUUUUUAAAAUUCUGAUCAGGAGUUCAGAGAUCAUCCUUUCUGGAAACUAGACUUUCUUUGUUUUAAACCUUCAGGCCAAUUCAUAUUAUCUAUUUGUAUAAAAGGUUCUUCACAAGAUCUGCAUGAUCUUGUUUCCCAAUAUCUUUCUUAUUUCCUAUGUUAAAUACUUUACCAUUUAAUUUCAUUGAAGCCAAAGUGAGGUUUGCACUGGUACUAUGUGAUGUGUAUUACAUUUCCACUCCAGAAAUGUAAAUGAGUAGAAAAUGAUAAUGUUUCCCAGAAUAAAGUGUUCUGGUUUCCUAAAUUUAUUAUUAUGCAUGCAGAAGGUAUUCAGACUCCUCAUUUUUCCAUUUCACUUCUGUCAGUGUCCUUGCUAAGGUAAAAAGAGGUGGGCAGAGUACAACUUACAUAGUCAGGUUUCAGGGGCUGUAAGUGCAUUCACCUUUUCUUUGUUCUGCUCUGAACAAAGAAAAAGUAGUAGUACUUUUAUUUACCUGCAUCUUAUCCACAGAUGUGUGUCUGUGAGCUCUACAUGCAGCACAAACUGGGGAUAUAUUUAGAAUGCAAACCAGAAGCAGUUACAUCUUGUUCCAGUGCAGCAAAGGCUUUUCUUCCUGUCCCUGUCUUCACUGUGGGUCAUUAAGUAUCUACCUGAUAUUUAUUUAGCUUGGGAAAUGGAAGAAAACACAACCUCCAACCAAGAGACAAGAUUUCAGUGUAUUCCACAGCACCUACACUUCAGACACAUAAGGAAAAAUACAAGCCUCAUAAGUGAGGAAACUGAGCAAAUAUCCAAAGGCUGCUAUCUCCUCUCACCCCUUAACGUUGUUCUUGUGAGUUGUCUUCCCUACUGGGAACUUUGAUAGCCACUGCUCCUACACCUCUUGGUUUGGGAAGAAGUAAAAAGAUAAUAGUUCUCUACAGAACCUUUCAUCAGUACUAGGAAUUUCAAAGGAAACUCAAGAACCAUAGUUCAGUACUGAUUUACCUUUCCAAAUCAUGUGUAUGCAGGAAGUGGGGUGGAAGUCCUGGAGCAUGAGUUAGAGUUUUAAAAUGUUGCAGUCUCUCACAUCAGGUUUGUCCUGCCUAGAGAUGGGUGCAAUUGCUUCUUGGGUUUCAUGCCUGUGCCCCCUGCUAGGACAACUAAACAUUCCCUUUUCUCACUGUCAUGGGGUAUCUUCACCUUUAAGACAGAGUAAAAAGAGGGGAAGUUGAAGCUACUGGUGGCUGAUGGGAGUUUUUCUUCCAGACCAAUUAUCAGUCAUUUCCACAAAUUGACAGCCGUUCUGACCAUUGUGAAUGGUCAAAAAGUGAAUUCAACUUGUAAACACCUCCUUAAGAGGUACAUUCCGAGUUGUCUCAUUCUCUUUGAUUUCCGACUGCUGAUCAGGUAACAAGCUCUGUCUUGGCUUCCCCCCCCUCCCCGCUCCCAGGCCGGAACGAGGCCGCAGGGAAGGGGGGGGGGGGGGGGGGGGGGAAGCAGAGCUGGUCAGCCGAGCUUAGUUUUCAGUUUCUGCUGCUGGACUGAAACCUGACACCAUGAACUUUUGCAGCUUUCCUAAAACUUUUAAUUCUUUUACUACCUGGAUAAACAGAUUACUCCUUUUUCUUAGAAAAGACAGAGAAAGAGAGACAAUCAACAUGUAAGACAUUAUAAAACCACCAAAAACAGUGAAGAAAAGAGUUAAGUUUAAAUAAGAAAGAGAGAGAAAGAAGAUGCUUGCGGCUGAAAUGUCUUUCUGUUACAGCUAUGGAGAUGGACAGUAGUUUAAAAACUCCUUUAAUUCAUGACUAGAGUAUGGGAGGAAUAGAGUAUUCAAAGUGUGAACUUUAGAGAAAAGAGAGAG